AUGCUGGCUGGCGAUCACCACGAAAGAAAAGGGAUCAAGCUUGACAGGAAUCUAGGCCGUCAGGAUAAGGGUCUGAACCCCGGGGGCGCGAUAAGGAGGGGGAACACAGGCUGGCAGGCGGCGUUCAGACAACAAGAUUCCGCAAGAGGAAGCCGACCAUCGUCAUACGAAGGCACAGGAAAGGAAGGGUUUGCGGAUGAGGAGAAAUCUAGUAGUAAUCAACCCAAUGACGGGAAGGAAUCCGCACGUAAGGUGAAAAAAGAAAUCCAGGACCUGCGACAAACCGCCGUCCCAAAUGGCAUCUCCGCAGAAACGCGGGGAAGAAAUAAGCCGCGAAUUGACGCCAUUCGUUCCUAUGACCCUGUGUCGCGCACCGAACCAUCCACCGACCGUAACGUCAAGCACGUCGUACUGGGUGACCUCCUUUUUCCAACAUGGUAUCAGUCUAUCUAUCCGGAAGAUCUCGUCAAUAAGGACACAGACAGGUUGUACGUCUGUCGUUGGUGCUUCCGCUACUCGUGCGACGUCCACGCCUACGCGCAACAUACGCGACUCUGCCAACACCGGAUAACACCUCCUGGAACGAAAGUCUACGAUCAUGGCGGAUACUCCGUGUGGGAGCUAGACGGUGAAAGUCACAAACUAUACGCGCAGAACCUUUCCUUGUUCGCCAAACUCUUCCUAGAUCAUAAGUCCGUCUUCUACGACGUCGUCUCCUUCCUCUACUACCUCCUCGUUUUCACCGACCCCAAUGACCCCGAGAAUUACUACGUCUUGGGGUUCUUCUCGAAAGAGAAGCUCUCCUGGGAUGCGAACAAUCUCGCAUGCAUCCUCGUCUUCCCGCCCUACCAACAUAAGCAGCUAGGGAAACUGUUGAUGGGCGUGAGUUAUAAGAUCAGUUCCUGGGAGAGCGAUAGUGGCCUCAUAGGCGGUCCGGAACGGCCGCUCAGUGAGAUGGGCCACAGGAGUUAUACUCGGUUCUGGCAGGAACGAAUAGCCAGACGCAAGUCUCCGAAGACGUCCAAACGAAAACAUACCCACGAGCUCAUGACAGUGCAGGACAUUGGUCUGGCGACAGGGAUGUUGCCCGAGGAUGUUGUCACCGCUCUUCAAGGCCUGGGAGCCGUUGAGCCUGCGACGCCAGCCAAAAAGCGCAGGACAAAGGAUUCAUCUGGCGAGGCUGGAUCGGGCGCAGACGAGGCCUUACUAAUUCGGAAGUCUAAGAUCCUUGAGUGGGCAAAGUCACAUCAUAUGGCGCUCCAAGACCCUGUUAGAGAUGAGGGGUUUCUUGGGAAAUGGGCCGCCGUUGAUUCCACUGAAGCGAGUGAUGUCGACAGUGAUGAUGUUGACGAAGAUGCUGGGUAG